GUCUGAAAAGAGCAGCGUCCUUAGGACAAGAAUCUGGGGAGAUGGUGAGCAAAGGCAGAAUGGAAAUCCUGGAGGACGACCUUCACGGGAAUCGAACCUUCUACCCCAUGGAGGGACUCCGCCAGGAACAGCGCGCGCGCAUCCAGCAGCUACGUCACGAGUGCGAGGGCAAGCAACAGCAGCUGUUUGGGCUGUCCAGCGCGGAGUGGGCGUAUGGCCGCAUAGAGGUGGAUACACGGAACGGGUACCUGUACUGUCCACUGCUUAAGGUGGGCUCCACGUUCUUCCGCCGAGUCUUCUACGCCGUGCGGGAAGGCAGAAAGUUGCACAACCCGUACGAGGUGAGCAUACAGCGAGCCCUGGCGGCCAAGCGGGAAGUGCUCACCGAGUUACUGCCCCUGACGUCCGAGAACUCCACCAGGUUUCUGGAAAACUCCACGUCCAUCGUGUUCGUGAGGGAGCCUUUUUCUCGUCUGCUGUCGGGAUACACGGAUAAACUGUUCGCGCCCAAUCCUUACUUCUGGGGGGAGAUCGGGAAGCAUAUCGUGGCCCAGUUCCGACCCGGCGCCGGUUCCGAGAGAGGUCGGUCCGUGUGCGGGCAUGACGUCACGUUCUCCGAGUUCAUCCGGUACGUGGUGCGCAGCGAGCGGACCAACGACAAGCGCCGGGACGCCCACUUCACGCCCACGUACGACCAGUGCAAGCCUUGCGCGCUUAACUACACAGUGGUGGGCAAGAUGGAGACGUUCGUGCCCGACGUGGCCUUGACCCUUGACCUCCUGGGUCACAAAGUGAGUCGAGAGAGGCUCAAAACGUGGGCGCACCACGCCACGGCCGACGCUAUUCUGGACUCUACCUUCAGCCCGUGGGGGUGGCGGGCAGGGAUCCUCAAGUGUAUGUCGUGGGGGGAGGCGCUGAGGAGGAUCUGGAGAAAGCUGCAGAUUAGGGGUGUAUUGUUGUUGGAGAACUCUUUCCCGUGGUCGGUGGGGGAGGGGCUUCAUAAAGGGGAGGGGUUUAACAGAGCGGAGGGGCAGAGACGGGAGCCGACUGUCAAGACGUUCACAGAUACGGUAAAACGCUUGCACGAGCAGGCAGACCCCGAGAAACUGAGAAAGCAGAAGUGGUCCGUGUUGGCCGAGGCUUACAGCACGGUGGGUGCCGAGGAUAUAGAGGCGCUGACAGAAAUCUUCCUACCAGACUUCCGGUUGUUUCAGUACGACCCCAGGCCCGACUUUAUUUACGACCACGAGUCGGUCGCACAAUACCGCGGGAGGGAUGUGCUUUUUAAUCUCAACACAGUGUGAUAGUUUUCAGUGUGUGUUGGUUUUUCUGGUGUUUUUUAAGGGUGUCAUACUCAUGAAAUCUGACUGUCGUCAAAAUGGUGAAAUCAAAGAAGCUGAUAUUACGUUCCGAUCAUUGGCCAAUUUAAAUUAAUGGUUUUUUUAAAAAUGUUAUUGGUCGUGUUUUUUGUUUUG